AUGGCAUGGGAAGAGAUUGCUCAGAGAAAACGCCUGCAGCGGGAGGAAUGCAUUCACAGAUUUCGACGCCUUGUUGAUGGAGCACCUCAGCCGAGGAAGAGGAGCGCCGGGGAGGUCGUAGACCAGCUUGUAGACCAGAUCGACGUCCCAACGUUGACACAAAGGUACGCGAGUGGCGAAGUGUCUGUCGAAGAUGUUGUCUUGCGUGCCAUUGACCGGUCGAUUGCUGCGCACAAACAAACCAAUUGUUUGACCGAACCUCUAUUUGAAAGCGCUGUGCAACGUGCUCGAGAACUUGAUCAUUAUUUCAGAACGCACGGGAAGCUUGUAGGACCACUUCACGGCAUCCCCAUGUCUCUGAAGGACCAAUUCGACAUUGCAGGUGUGGACACGACAUUCGGCUACGUCGGCCGAGCUUUUCACCCAGCCUCCGAGGACGCUCCAGUGACGAAAGUCCUCAAAGAUCUGGGAGCUGUAAUCAUCACCAAGACCAACGUACCGCAGACCAUAUUGUGGGGUGAGACUGAAAAUCCUCUGUGGGGCCUGACGACGCUUCCAGGCAGGCCAGAUCUCACCGCUGGCGGGUCUUCUGGAGGCGAAGCCGCUCUGUUGAGCCUUGAGGGGUCGCUUUGUGGAUGGGGUACCGACAUUGGCGGAUCUAUUCGAGGUCCUAGCAACUUCAAUGGGCUCUUUGGCUUGAAGCCAUCGAACGCUCGAAUGUCACAUCACGGGGUGCCUGGACCUCAUGAAGGCCAAGAACAUGUGCCAUCCUCAGUUGGGCCCCUGGCCAAACGACUGUCGUCACUGGUAGCCGUCACAAGGGCAGUUUUGAAUUCACAGGUAUGGCUUCAGGAUCCAAAGGUGGUCCCAAUUCCGUGGCGCGAAGAUGUCUAUCGAGGAGUCCUGAACCAGCGUCUGCGAAUUGGCCUGAUCAUCGAUGAUCGGGUCGUCGAGCCCCACCCGCCUGUGAAACGCGCCGUGCAAGAAGCGGCCGCCCUGCUACGGAAUGCUGGGCACGAGAUCGUCCCAUGGGAUACGUCCGAACACAUGUCUUUCAUCGAGAUCCAGGACCAAUUCUAUCGAGCCGACGGAGGUGAAGAUAUCCGCCGUGAAAUUGCUGCUGCAGGCGAACCCAUGCUGCCACAUGUGGAAGGUCUCGUCGCCAGUAGCAAGCCCAUCUCGGUGUACGACUACUGGCAACUGAACAAGGCCAAAGUACAGGCUCAACAAGCGUACAAUCGAAAAUGGAACAAAGCGGGGGUCGACGUCUUAUUGAGCCCUGUUGCAGCUCACACUGCCCUCCCACAUCGAUGUUUUCGGUAUACGGGGUAUACCAAGGUUUGGAAUUUUCUAGACUACACCGCACUGUCGUUUCCGUUGACCCGGGUCUCGGAAGAUCUCGACUCAAACGACAUAAACGGCACAUCGACACCAACUCAAGGCUCUUCGUCUGAGUUGUCUAAUCUGUUCAACACAUAUAAUCGGCAACUGUACGACCUCGCAGCCAUGAAUGGGCUCUCGGUCGGAGUACAGAUCAUUGGGAGGAGGUUCGAAGAAGAGAAAGUACUCGGAGUGGCGGAAGUUCUUCAACGGGAGGUCGAGAAACAAAACGCAUGCUCGAGGUAA